UCACCUACAAAACUUGCAAAAUAUUCAGGAAAGAUGGUGGCGAAGGAAGGAAUAGGGACAAAGAUUUUGGAUACCCUUCUUUCGUAUGAAACUAUCAAAAUCGUUACAAUAAAGAAUAAGAAGGUUGGAUUUUUGCACAGACUUGUCCAGCUUGCAAUUUUAGGAUACGUAAUUGGGUAUGCAAUCAUAUGGAAGAAGGGUUACCAGGAGUUUGAUCAGUCUCUCAGUGCUGUGACAACUAAGCUGAAGGGUGUUGCCCUUGCUAACUUCAGUACUUUUGAGUCUCCUCUUUUAAAUGGAAUGCACAUUUUUGACUCUGCAGACUAUGUUAUUCCUCCACAGGAAAACAAUGAAUUUUUUGUCAUGACAAAUAUGAUAAUAACUCCAAACCAGACAAGAGGUAGAUGCCCAGAAGAUCCAAGAUUUGAAGAUGUUUAUUGUCAGCGCGAUUCAGAUUGCAGAGAAGGGGAGGCAGUUGCCAAUGGGAAUGGUGUAAAAACUGGGAAGUGUGUGCAGUCAGAUCAAAAUAUAACUGCCUAUGUUUGUCAGAUCUAUGGCUGGUGCCCUGUUGAACUUGACGUUCUUCCAAUGCCUGGUCAUGGCUUCAAAAAAGGAGAUCCACUGCUUCAAUCAGCAGUAAAUUUUACCGUAUUAAUAAAGAAUCAAGUGACAUUUCCAAAGUUUGGAUUUGCAAGGAGAAAUAUAAUAAGCCAGAACAACACAACAUACUUAAAAAGCUGCAAUUAUCAUCAUGAAAGUGAUCCGUUUUGUCCGAUUUUCAAGCUCGGUACAAUUGUAAGCGAUGCUGGAUAUGAUUUCAAUGAUAUUGCUUACAAGGGAGGCAUAGUUGCUAUUCAAAUAAAAUGGGAAUGUAACCUGGAUGUAAGUGAGGAUAAGUGCCGACCACAGUAUUCCUUCAAGAGGAUAGACGACCCACAUGCACCAAUAGCAUCCGGGUUUAAUUUCAGAUUCGCUCAGUACUACGUGGAAAAUAACAAGCAGCAUCGAAUUCUAUAUAAAGCCUACGGAAUUAAAUUCGAAGUGCUCGUAAACGGUAGGGCAGGCAAGUUCAGCCCUGUACCACUUUUUCUCAAUCUUGGUUCUGGUCUUGCCCUUCUUAGCAUUGCAACAAUUUGGUGCGAUAUCAUCGUUCUGUAUUGUCUUAAAGAUAGACAAGUGUAUAGAAGUCACAAAUAUCACAAAGUAGUGGAUGGAGAUGAGCCGACUGACACUGAUGAUGAUGGCGAUCUAAACAAAGGCGCGAAUGUUAGUGAGUUUGCAUACCAAAAAGUUGAAGAUGAAAAUGAUCCCGACUAAAAAAACAGGAACAGUCACAGUUGCAUUCAUUUGGCAUCAAUGCUAUCGAUUUUCAUCGCAUAAACCGGAUUUUAAAAGUUGGAUAUUUGCUUAAUGACCUUUCUAAGGCCCCCUGUGAAAGUAGCAUCACAUUAGUCUGACUUUCACGAAAAAAGCCAAUAUAUUACUACAGAACACUACGUCAAUGGCUCUCUUAAGAUACUGCAGUGGCAUAAAUUAUAUUAGCAACUUUGUUCACGUGAUUAUGUAUCUAUAUUUUUUAUACUGUAUUUGAUAGCAUAGAAUAUUUACUUUGUUGUGAAUGAAAUGAUUAUGGAAUGUCAGAUUUUCGGUUUUUCAUGCAUGCAUUUAAGUUGGACAAAUUUUGAAGAGAACCGAUUUAGGCGAAUUUGACUGUGUGUUGAAAGUAUUUCCUUGUUGAAAUUCAAGAAAGUUGUCCUAUUGGGUCGCUUUGGAAAUGCCCUACUGUAAAAGAAGCAUAACUUUGUCAGCACUUAGUUAUAACUGUGUCCCACACCCCCCCCCCUUCCAUUUUUUGCUAAUGGUUGUUCUUUUCAUCGUUCUGGAGACAUUGAAACCGUCUUGAUUGAAUUGAAACCGCAAACUGAGAGAGAAAGAGCUAUUGUCUGACGUAGAGCCAGGACUGUUUGUUGAAGGGCAGUUGUUGUUGUCUCGAGGUUAUUUCUAAAGGGCAUACUUGUAGGAAAAAGAUGUUUCAUGAGAUAAUUUGUUAUAAUGCUAAGAGGUGUCUUUUUGGAGGUUACAUUCAAUACCACUGCCUCCAGAACAAGUAGAUUAGGUGUUUUGCAGCAUACACAUGACAAUUGAAUAAGAAUAAGAAAAGGAGAAGUUUUACCAUCUGACCAGUUAAUUAUCUUUGAUGAAACCACUUGAGUUAAAAUUGGAUUAUCAAGAAGAUUCUACCUAAUUUAAUGAAAAGCUUCAACCACCUGGUGGCCUGUCAAGGUCUUAUGUGUUGGUUAUGCCUACUUCACAGCCGAUAGGAACAACCUACUCAUGCCACAUUCAAUAAUUUAUGAUAAAAAACCUAACUGAGUGGGACGAUGACCCUGCACUGUUUUUGCAUAGAACCGGUGCCAAUUGCUCAUUCAAAAGAAAUUUUUUUGACAGUAAUCCUAAAGUCGCCUUUAUAAAAAUUGGCCUUUUUAAGAGAAUCACAUUUUUCAUACGCAUUUCA